AUGCUAAAACCCUUCUGCCACAUACCGGUGCUCCUAGCCACCAUCACUACAGUAACCCUCUACAGUAUUGCACUGGUUACUGUAGACAACUCGGAUUUGUCUAAUCUCUGCUGGGCUACGAUAGGAUGCGCGGUAUUUCACAAGAGCUCGGAAAUGUUGAUAACGAGCCAGAAUAGUAUGAUGAUAAUUGGGUUCAGUGGAAUCUCAAUUACCUCGUUAAUUGCAGUGUUUUGGAGUGUUAAAUAUAAUUUGAUUUCCUUCUUUGUCUGCUCUGCCUUAAUCACCUCUUACUACACCAUAUUCAUUUUCCAAUCCGCUAAAAAAGAUAGAAAGGAAUUUGAUCUACAAAAAAUGGAUGUUCACUCCUGGAACGAUGUUACCAUGUAUUGCUUUGCAGUUUUACUUGGAUUCUUAUCGAUUUUUGGAUUGUUGGGACUAAUUUUUAGUGAAAACUUUGCUCUUUCCACUGCUUACCAUAUUGCUGGUAUCUCCGCUGUCGUUACAGUAACCCUCGUCGCCAUGAAGUAUAUUUUGGACUUUUUCAAUCGAUAUUUUGAAAUGGAUCAAGUGAAACGCUGGCGGAAUAAUAUGGUGGUCGGGCUCGCAGGAAUUGUGAUAUGUGGAGUGGCGCCGAGGAUUGUGGUGUAUAGCUAUGGGAUUGGAGAAAAGAUUCUCCCUUUCCUUCUCUCCAUCCCCAUCUACUCUUCCAUUCUUUUCUACUACCUCUUCGUCUACGGAUACCGUCAACACUGUUUCAUCAACCACCAAAACCAAAAUUUCUUCAAAAUUUGGAUUCCAAUGGUCAAUAUCACAUUUUCAGUGAUUUUGGCUAGAAUGGGGAUUCAUACUGAUCUCGAAUCUAUGAUCUAUAUUCAAGCCCUAUUUUUUGUGCUUUCCGUUUUCAGUGGCGUUGAUUUAGUUAUUAUUUUGAAUGGGGGAUUGAGAUCAAUUCAUGAGGAAAUGAAAGUGGAGAGUUCAGAAAAUGUGGAGAAGUCAACGGAGGAAUUGAAGCCAAAAAAGAGGAUUUAUCCGAGAAUCCUCUGUACAUCCUGUGACUCCGAGUACUCCGACUCCAAACCUCCCAGAAUCCUACCGGAAUGCGGACACUCGAUUUGUGGAAAUUGUGCUAGAAGAAAACUGAGCAAGAAGAAUAAAUUGACUUGUCCAGCCUGCCAGACGGUUCAUUUUGUGAAAAAAGGAGUUAAAGGUCUGUUCAAAAACUUCACACUGUUGGAUAUGAUUGAGGAGGCCAGAAAAAUCAUGGAUGAAGCCUAA